AUGAGCUACGAUACAAGUUAUUUGAAAGAUGAGUGUGCUGCCACUCUACAAUAUCUCCCAUUCCAACUCGCACUAGUUCUCCACUCUUCUCUCACUAUCGCCUCAUUCUAUGCCACAUUUUAUUUCUUGGAAAAACAUAUCAAAAACUCUGCAAUCCAUAACAAUUUCAAGUUUCUCCUCAUUCUGUAUUUCUUUAAUUGUUAUGUAAGAGGAAUUUUCUCAAUUGCCAACGCGGGUCUACUAGUGUUUGAACGGACUGUAGCAACUGGAAGAGUUGAGCAGUAUGAAGAUCAAAAAUCUGCGUGUUGGAUCUAUCUAAUGAUUGUAAUACUCUUCCCGUUCUCUGUUGUAUACGUAACAUAUCGAACAGCUGAUUUCAACACACCUUCUUGCUUUGCCUUUUUCGCUCCAAGAAAUACAGAACAAUCGCCCUUCACAUUCGCCGAUUUGAUAAUUCCAAUCUACACUGGAUGCGUAAUGAAUCAAACGAAAAACGCAAAACUUGCGACAUUAAACCAUUCUCUCCAAACUUUUCAAUCUCGUCAACAAACAACUGAUACUUAUGAAAACAUGUUGAGAAAACAGUGGGAAUGA